ACACUAUCUGAAGAUGUUAUCCGUUAUUACGUGAUUUAAAGCAAACGCCCAGCUGAGCCGACCAGGGAAGCGUCUGUGUUGCCGCUCAUUCGCAGCGACAGAUGACUACUGGUACGCGAGAUCUCGGACGCCGGGCUCUGCACCGAGUGACCGACUCGGUCCGCGGCGCCAAUUGGCGCCCAACGGUGUUCGUCGACGAGGUGACGUUGAAUCGCUACGCCUGCUGCGUGUGCCACGUCCUUCCAAGCACGACGAUCGUACUUCCCUGUUCCCACGGCGUGUGCCGGCAGUGCCAUGCUGGCUGCAUCGACAAGGAUGGCCGUAGCCUUUGUCCCAUGGACGGAGAGCCAUUCUGCGAGAACGAGUGCCAGGAGUCGAAGCUUUCGGCAAGGAAGAAGCAGGACCUGAAGGCCUGCUGCUGGAACGAGUCCUACGGCUGCGACUUCGUUGGCCCUCUAGCGGGGGUUCUCGAACACUAUGAGCAAGAGUGCGCUUUCCACGUGUCCCCCUGUCAAAAAUGUGGCGAGAUCGUCAUGACUGAUAUGCUAGCCGCCCACUACAUUGGCCACUUAAACUGCCGAUUGCCGUCUCAGACACUCCCGAGUCCCCGCUACAAGGUGAUGGCGCCUCCAUCGUCAGCGAUAACGCCACAGCCAGUGGGUCAGGUACGGACGAGGCACUGUUGCGCGUGUUCGAGGCGACUGCUGCCGGCCAGCUUCACCGCACGGUCAAUGCGCUUGAGCGAUUGACCGUGGCCAUAGACGCCCGAGUGGAGGAAAUGGAGGAGC